AUCUGGGUGGGGAGUUACCCGCGCCCCCGCGGGCGCCAGUGGGUGUUCGGACAGUUCGACGACGCGGUGUUGCCCGCGUGCGUCCUGCUGCUGGAACGCGCGGGGGUCUCGCCCGAGACACGGGCGGACCCCGUGGCUAUAUCACGAGCCAUCUCCAGGAUACUCAACUCUGCGCACGACACAAACUCUUCCCUCACCAUCGACGAGUUCUUCACCAAGGAAGGCGAGGACUACAAAUUCAACCCAGACGCUGAGAAUCCAUCAGGAUUAGGAGAUUCCAUCUGGAAUUUCCACGUGUGGAACGACGCGUGGAUGGCGCGGCCGGACCUGCCCAGUGGAUACGGUGGAUGGCAAGCCAUUGAUGCCACGCCGCAGGAGACCAGCGAUGGACUGUACCAGUGCGGGCCGGCGUCGCUGGAGGCGGUACGUCGCGGCAACGUGCUCCUGCCCUACGACGUCCCCUUCGUCCUCGCUGAGGUCAACGCAGACCUGGUCCGCUGGCAGCAGGACGAGACCGAGGCCACCGGCUUCAAGAUCAUGGCCUCCAUCAAGUCCCAGUACGUCCCUGGACAUGUGUAUAAGAGACAGGUGCAGCUCUCGCUGAGCAGUUCGUCCGAGUACUACACCGGCGUCAGGGCCAUGACUGUCAAACGUGCUGAAGGUUCCUUCGUGCUUCAGCCCGGCCAAGAGGAGUCCCUCCGGCUCCCGGUACGGUACAAGGACUACAUCGACAAGCUCGUCGAGCACGGCAUGAUGAAGAUACUCGCGAUCGCCAGCGUGAAGGAGACCACGCAAACUUGGAUCCAAGACGACCACUUCCAGAUACUUAAACCUAACCUGACGGUAGAGACCCCCACCACCUCAGCGCUGGGGGAGCCCCUGGUGGUGAAGGUGAGCUUCACCAACCCCAUGAAGGAGAAGCUCACCGAAGCCUUCAUCGUCGUCGACGGGCCCGGCCUCACCAGGCCUAAGAAAAUCCCUGUCCCCGACGUGGACGCGGGGGCUCUGUUCACCCACACGCUGCGUCUGGAGGGCAAGGUGCUGGGGGAUGACCGCCCCCUCGUCGUCACCUUCUCCUCCAAGCAGAUCACCGACAUCGUGGGCUCCUCCAACAUCUCCAUCACCCCCCAGGAGGAGUGAGAAGUCCCCCACGUGGGGGAUAAAUUACCCUAACACCAUGCACUCACAUUAAUGGGUGGGACUUUGUCCAAACAUCGAUGCACUUUAUGGGCCUAUAGG